CAGCGAUGGCACAGACUCAGUGUAGAUUUUCCUGCUGUUGAUACAUACAGCAAAACUCACCCAACCGUACCAGAACUAGUCCUGAGAGAACUUGCAACGAUGCAGAAGACGCCGCUGCUGUGCGUGUUGCUGCUGGUCGCAGUGGCUGCUGCAGAGCCUUUGGGUACCCGAAUGAAAGCUUCAAAUCCGAAAAAUUCUGAAGUGGCACGGAUCGUCGAGCCUGUACCUGAGCAGAAUCUUCGCGAAGUCAGAGAUUGCUGCUUAGAUGGUAUCGUUGGCAUGUCAUGCUAUACUUGGUUUGGGGAUGGAUAUUGGGACAAGUCUUGCCCGUUCCCUGGCUGGAUUUGGGUGUGGGUAAACCCCUUCACUGAUUGGUACGGAAUAUACUGCUGCACCAAAGCCCCGUGAUUAAAUGAACUGAAAUAAAUCGUCUGAUUUUUCCGGACGAAAGCAGUUUCUACGACGCACGUACCCAGCCGUUGAAGGUACAUACGUACAUUCAUCAGUCGAAAAUUAUAAAAUUGGUGAUGUCAUACAACGAUGGGUUUCAAUUCCAGGAUAUUCAACUCUCUGUUAUUACUUUCAAUUGAUUCUAUUAUGUUUUCAUGCUCAUUUAU